AUGACCGCUGAUGAACAGAUGAGAGCCAGAAGUAUGGUCAAGAAGCCGAAUGUCUCUCAUGCCGAUGAAAGUCGAGAAGGAAAGAAGUCUUCAUCAGAUGGGAUGCCCUAUACGUACCUCUCCGCUGCAGCAUUCGCGCUGCUGCUCGACAGACUGUGGUCUGGCAAUAGCAGCAGCCUUGGCCUUGGUGCCCUGUCCAGCACUCCUCUCGCAACGGCUAUUCUUGUCCGUCGCUUUGUUCUUCGAAAGGCGAGAACCGACUGGGAGAAUGAGUAA